CCUUUAUAAUACUCCUCUAUCCUUUCCCCCCCCCUCUAAAAAUCCUCAUCCAAACAACUCCCAAUACCCCCCUCUUUUGCAUCCCUCUUUCUCUCUCUAGAAAAUUCUUCAGAGCUAAAAUCAAUCAUGGCACAAAAGAGAGAGAAAGAGGAGGCCGAGCUGAAGGUUCCAGAAUCCAUCCCUUUGUGUUCCCCAACUCUACCAAUUUCUGCUCCGCCGCCGCACCUCUCAGCCACCGAUACGAAAAGGUCACCUGAGAUCUCAGAUCUGAAACUUUCUGCUAGCUCGCUUGAGAGAAUAGAUCUGAAACUUUCCACUAGCUCGCUGGAGAGAAUAGAUAUGAAACUCUCCGGAACCAACGAAUCGAGAUCUAGCUCCGAUAGCUCGCCGGAGAGCAUAGAUCCAAAACUUUCCAGCUCUGAUAGCUCGUCGGAGAGCUUAGAUCUGAAAAUUUCCGACACGGACGAAUCGAGAUCUACCUCAGCUACAUCGCCGGAAAGUACGGAUCUGGUCGGUCGAAAGGCGGCGACGAAGAGGCCGAGGGAAGCUAACAGGUGCUGUGGAAUAGGUUGCCGGAGGAAAGUCGGAUUGAUGCCGUUCCGGUGCCGGUGCGGCGAAGUGUUCUGCUCGGAGCAUAGGUAUUCCGAUCGGCAUGAUUGUAGUUAUGAUUACAAGGCAGCUGGUCGUGAAGCGAUUGCUAGGGAAAAUCCAGUUGUGAAAGCUGCUAAAAUUCUCAAAGUUUAAAAAUGGAAAAUUUGAAGAUUUUUCCCGAAGCUCUUGAAGCAGUCAAGAUGGGGGUGGUGAGGGGGGGAGGGAUGAAUGGUGAGGGUUGUUGUGUUGUAAAUUUGACAAAAAGGAUGAGGGUAUUGUUGUCAUUUAAGUUAUUAAAAUAAGUUAGUGGAGAACUUUUCUUUUUUCCUUUUUUAAGUUUUAUAUCUAUUUGCUUUAAUUUUGUGCUGUGUUGUACUCCUGCCAUUCUGACAGGAAAAUUAUUUAUCCUUACUGCUAAAGUCAUUUGUCCUUACUGUUAACACUAGUACUUAACCAAGUAAUUUAGAGGGGUCCUUCGGUAGAAUGUAAUAAUGUGAAUAUGGUAUAUUAGUAAAGCUGAUAUUAGUUAUAUUGA